AAAUAUUACAUUACCAUGUUGGAGGAAACAGAAUUCUCAUUGGAUAUCGCUUAUCGCGUUUAGUAUAUGUAUGUAUGUAUACACAUACUUAAGAGCCAGUACGGGUUUGUACAAGUUUGUGCACGUUGCUAUGCGUAUUACGCAGUAUCUUUUUAAAUUCUAACGUUCAGUCACGGUGUGAACAUACUUAUGUAUUUUUGUUAUGAUAAAAGGUCGAAAGUCGGAAAAUAUCAACGGUUAUAAGUGCUCAUAAGUGCUUCACUAAUCUCCGAUUCGUCCUCGAUUGUUUCAUAUUGCGAUAUUCUUUAUAUAGUAGUGUCUAUCUGUUCUUUACCAUUUCUGGAUAAAUGAUCAAUUGCUAAGCGCAUACAUCUUUAAGUUUUUAAAAAAAUAUUGGAAUUAAUUAUGGGUAAUCGGCUAAAAUCAAUAGAAGAAUAUUAUGAUAAUUUGGUAUAUCACUUACCCCAAGAAAGUACUGUGUUUCUUGAUAAUGUGGGUGCCAACAAACACAAAGCACUAACAGAAAUAUCAGCUCUAGCCAAGGAGAUAAAAGUUACAGAUGUUAAUAACUUCUCACAGAGAUUUUUUAUGACAGCAUCUAUAAUUGAAAAAAAUUUGUCCCUUUUCAAAUCUGUUUGUGAACAUGUGGAUGUAAUUGCUACUAUUAUCGAAUACUUGAAGCAUUUUGGUGCAAGGUUUAUGUUUGAUAGUAAACAUGAUGAAUAUUAUAAGAAUGAUGAAUUUUUAUCAAUACUAAUUACAAUUCUAAAUAUAUGUGAAGAAUAUAAAAUGAAAUUUUUUUUGGGAGAUGCCAUUAUCAAGAAUUCUGUAGUGGAAAAAUCAAUUCGAUGCGAUCAAAUUCUUGCAAAUUCAAUGCAGAUGACACGUAACAACGAAAUGAUAAUUUUAAGAGAUUCAGAUUUGUAUGCAGUUAUUAGUUACUUCAGAUAUAGAAAAUCUAUUCUGAACUCCUUAAAUAAAAUUUGGGUUCAAGAAUCAAUAAUAGCAAAAUUUUUGUGGCUUAUAAAGGAAUAUUGGCCUGUGACCUUCACUCAUUCCGAUGACAUUCAUACAUUUCGAACAAAAAAUGAGUUAUUUACAGCCAUUAUACCUGAUCAAAUAAACAUAAUAUCCAUAUGGACAGAAGAUAUUGUAUUUGCCAAAAAUUUAGCAAUGCACUACAUUUCUUUAAAUAGAGAUGUUCUUUUUAUAAAUACACACAUGGACUUCUAUGGUGGUAUUGUGAUUUUGCAAUAUACAAAAACAGAUGAUAUACUGUAUAAAUUGCAUUUGAUGAAAGAUACUUCAAUAUUUAAGUCUCUCGAUGAUUGUACGAAAAAACUAAGUGUACAAAAAAAUGUAAUUUACAAUUUAUUUUAUGAUGGUAUGUGGCAACGACCUCUAAAAGAUACAUAUUGGAUACAUAACGAUUAUCAAUGGGCAAAUGCAACAAGUGAUGAUAUUAAUAAAUGCGUUAAUUCAGCCAAAAAAGGAUUCAAAGUUUGGAGUGCUCAAUCAGUUGCUUAUAGAAUAAAAAUAUUAUCUAAAUUUGUAUCUAUGUUAGAGUACAACGGUAAAUCUGAAUUAGCAGAUAUAAUAUCAACUUGGAUAAAAUUCUCGAGUGUCUAUGAAAAUUCCUUAUCUUGUCCACAAAGAGAAAGAUUGGAAGUAACGAAAAUUCGUUACCCAAAAGGCGUUAUCACUUUGAAGGAGAAAGAUGAAACUGUGUUAUUCCGUCGACUAACGCAAAUUUUAACUGUUGGCAAUUCUGUUAUUGUAAUAUGCGAUACAAAUUUCUGUAGUCUAGCACCCUAUUGUAACAUGCUUUCGGCAUCCGAGAUGCCUCCAGGUGUUGUUAAUUUGUUAUCAAGUGAAACUAUAAAGGAUUUAGAAUUAUCUCUGUGCGGAAUGGACUAUGCAAGUUAUGAAAAACUGCUUUUUUCAGAAAACAGUCUCGAAGAGAUAUACAAAAAACUUACCAAACCUAAGCAUAUUAUAUUGCCUCUUAAAUAACAUGUAAGAAUCUACUGUUUGUAAUAUUCUAAAGUUUGGAUACACAUAUAAACAUUUUAUAAGUAUAAA